UGCCUCAUGACUUGGAAGUCAAUCGGCAGACGUUACGUUCGUGUUUUACACCCGACCAGACACAGAUUUGUUAUAGAUUUAAAAUGAACACGAUUCUUUUCAUUGUAUUCUGUGCAUUAGGUUUUGAGUUAGGGAAUGCUGAUAUUCCGCAUUUCUUCAGAGGAAGGCCCAAAGGCGGAAUGGUAGGGGUUCCUCGACUGACGAGGGGCUACAACCCUGUCUUCCCACCUGACGAAUGGAUGACCCAAACCCUGGACCACUUCAACGAUGCCGAUACCCGCACCUGGCAACAGAGAUAUUUUGUGAAUGCAACGUUCUACAAGCCGGGCGGGCCUGUGUUCCUGAUGAUCGGGGGCGAGGGAACGGCCAGCCCUAUCUGGAUGGUGGAAGGGAUGUGGAUCGCCUACGCCCAGAUCUACGGCGCCAUGUGCUUCCAGGUAGAACACAGGUUCUACGGCAAGAGUCACCCCACAAGUGACAUGAGCGUGGACAACCUGCGGUAUCUGAGCAGCGAACAGGCCCUGGCUGACCUAGCUUCUUUCAUCGUGUUCGCCAAGCAGAAAUACAACCUACAGAACAACAAGUGGAUAUCUUUCGGCGGGUCAUAUCCAGGUUCUCUGUCUGCGUGGGUGAGGAUGAAGUAUCCACACCUGAUUGACGGAGCCGUGGCAACAAGUGCGCCUCUCCUCGCUGUCUUAGACUUCAAAGACUAUCUGGGUGUGGUGCGCGACUCACUCGAUACCACGGGACCCGGAUGUAACAAGGCCAUCUCCGAAGCCACCUGCUCUAUUCAGAAGCAAAUGCAGUCAUCCUCUGGACGGAAAGACUUGAAGAAAUUAUUCACUCUGUGUGAUGACAUUGACAACACGAAGACGAAUGAUGUCAUCAACUUCUACUCCACGUUGGCUGGGAACUUUGAGGGUGUCGUUCAGUACAACAAGGACAACCGAGCAUUUGAGGGGGCGAAAGGCACCAACAUCACUGUAGACACACUGUGUGCGAUGAUGACAGACUCAGGCCUGGGAGACCCGGUGAGUCGCUACGCUGCGGUCAACGCCAUGAUGCUGGCCACCUACAGCGAGAAGUGUCUCGACUUCUCCUACACAAACAUGAUCGACGAUCUCAGGAAGGUUGACUGGAAUAGCAGCGCAGCUGAGGGUGGUCGCCAGUGGACUUAUCAAACGUGUACAGAGUUUGCGUUUUUCCAGUCAACCGAUCUCAAGGAUCAACCAUUUGGUCAGACUUUCCCUGUCAACUUUUCAAUUCAGCAAUGCAUUGACAUAUUUGGCCCAAAGUUUAACGUGGACUUAAUUAACCGUGGAAUUAAGAGGACAAACACGAAUUAUGGAGCUCGUGGUAUCAAGAUAUCGAAAGUCGUCUUUCCAAAUGGUUCCAUUGACCCAUGGCAUGCGCUAGGAAUAACGAAGGACAUUAGUUCUGAUGCGAGAGCAAUAUAUAUCAAUGGUACUGCCCACUGUGCCAACAUGUACCCUCCAGCAGUCACGGACACUGACCAACUUAGAGCCGCACGAAUGAACAUUAUGCACUCAAUUGGAAAAUGGAUAAAAUCUUAAUCUGAAUCUUCAAAUUUAACAAUACUCACAAGUCCUUAUAUUCUUAUUGAUAACGUUUAUCAGUACCAAAUAUGGUGAUACUGGAUAUAUUGACAAACUAUUUUUUUUAAUUUCCCAUUAAGCAACAAUGAUAUUUACUCGACACACCAAGUUUCACUGAUUGACCAGGACUAUGUAGCAUGGUAGGGCGGGCGGAGAGAUGCUACCUUCCUCCCUGCAAAGUAUGAAGAAGUGCCACUUUUGUUGUUUGUCUGGAAGUGAAAAACACAAUAGGCCUAUUGUGCUCUGGUUUUCUUUUUACCGCUCCCCAAGCCACACCCCCUCUCCCAUAUGGCCCUGUUUACUCCAAAAUGGGUGAAAAAACGGCCGUACCCUAAUCAAAAUUCUAGGUGGGUCACACUUUUUAUAAACAAAUUAAACCCUGAGAUGUGUAUGCUAUUUUCUGGAGUUAAAAAAGAAGGUGGGAUUCUCCGGUGUGUGUGGUGGUGGUGGGGGGGGGGGGGGGGAAGGUACGGGCCAUAAAAAAACAUAUCCUGAAAGUAGAUUAGCGUGGGAGCCCUAUUGUAAUAUUUAGUUAUUUUAUGUAUUAUUCCGAAAAAUCUGUUUUGGAUAUGUCUCAAAGGCUAUUUGGCUAAAACUUGUGACAUUUUCGUACAACAUGCAAACACUUCGUCUCUAAUACGCAUAAAAAGAUGGGUAUCAUAUGAACUUGCAUAUUGCAACCACCCUGUUUUUUGCACCUAGGUAAAUUUAUGCUAAAACAAAACCGUAACGUAGAAAUAUGGCUUACCGGUAUCUAAUAAUUAGCAAAAUUAGGAUAAAAUAUACAGAGCGACCCCCGUGAAUUGAGCACACUAUUUUACAUUUUCUCCACUUGUUUAUGCUGCUUUUUAAGUCAGCGAUUUAUUCAAAACCACUGUAAUGAGAUGACAUACUGAUUGACUAUCACGAAAUAGCUACAACAUUGGCCCUUUCACAAUACUCCGUGAUUUCAACCUGCUUCAAGUAAAUAGCGACCAUAUUUUGGAUUCCACUGUUUUCUGCUUGAAAACGUUUUCUUCAAAAUGUACAACCCUGGCAUAGAGAUUGUUCACCUGCUCCUGCCCAAUAAAAAAAGUCACUGGAUCGAGUGGGGUAAUCUGACAAAAAAAAAUAUAUAUGGCCGCCAUGGACAGGUUAAUGAUAUCAAAAAUAUUUGUUUUGCCACAUGCAUGAUGUUUGAUCUCAACAACUGAACAUAAUGGGCCAAAUUUACAAAGCCUGUUUAUGUCUUACGCGCGUGUAACUACAGACAUUUACAAUACUUUAAACACCUGUUUAUGUCUUACGCGCGUGUAACUACAUUAAUUUACAAUACUUUAAACACCUGUUUAUGUCUUACGCGCGUGUAACUACAUUAAUUUACAAUGCUUUAAACACCUGUUUGUCUUGCACGCGUGUAACUACAUUAAUUUGCAAUGCUUAAACACGUGUUUAUGUCUUACUCGCGUGUAACUACAUUAAUUUACAAUGCUUAAUUGGGUUUCGUAACUUCAGUCCAGUAGUUGUUUUUUUUCCACAAUAAAUAUUAAUUCUAACUUGCAUAUUUGGAUAAUUGCUUGUCAUGUUUUAUUAUUAUCAAUGCCAUAUCUUGACUUUUGAUCUGAUAUUUGAAGUAGGUAUGUUUUGACACCCCGACCUCUUCUGGCGACAGGCAUAUACACGUGAACUAGUAUUUUGUGUUGGAAAGUAUAAUAAUGUAUCGUCUGUUGACCUAUUUCGGUGAGGGACCUGUUUCAGUGGUUAUGUCAUUUGUGCGCAACAGUGCGUUGUGAAGUUUUCUGAUGAUGUUGAAUUUUGCAUUGAAAAAGUAAACAAAUAUGUCAUAUUCACAAAAAUGUUCGUAAAAAUGAGGUUAAAACGAGCAAAGAAAGCAAGAUUGAACUUAACCCACUUGUAUACAUGGCACAUUUCUUAAUACCUUUUUUCUAUGAUUUUCAAAGACUGUCAUAUUUUCAAAGACUGUCAUUUGAAAGAAAACUUAAUUUUAAAAAACAUUUUUGUCUGUUCUCAACUGUACUGCUAUCUAGUUAUUGAAGUCACGUGAUUGUCACGGCAUCUGCUGGCAAAACUCUUUACACAUACUUGAAGAAAAAAUAUUGUCCUUAUAUGUUUUAACAUAAAUAUCUUUCUGGAUAUCUGUUUACCAUUAUAACCAUUCAUUUGCUCAACUUGUGACACAAUUGCAAGAUAUCAGAAUUGUUAUAUAUGUAUAUGUGUUUCCCUAAAAUGGCUGUUUUUUACACCUCUCUCCUUCAAACCACCCACACGUAUUCAAGUCCAUUAAACAAAACAUAUUUUUGUUGGUUUCUUCCAGGAACAGCUCAUUGCGCUAACAUGUAUCCUGCAACCAGCUUUGACCCUAUAGAACUUGUAAAAGCCAGAACAGAAAUAAUGGAACAGCUUUCCUUGUGGAUUGUAUGAAUUAUGUUUUUAUAUUUAUUCUAAAUAUUAUUAUGGUUGCUGCCAAUGUUUGUAAAUACGUAAAAUAUUUUAUAAAUAAAUUUGUUAUAUUUGA